UGUGGUAAAUGCAUCCUCCUUCGGCGUGAGAUUUAAAAAUAGACCAUCAUGGCGGGCCCAAAGAGUCACACAGAUGACUGGGCUCUAGGGCCUUUCUCCAAUAAGCCACAGAAGAGUCAGCCUCAAUUUUUCUCUUCCGCUCUCUGGACCUCUCUCCUCUUUCUGCUCAUGGGACUAAGAGCCUCUGAAAAGGACUCAGUCCCAACAGUGGUAUCGGGAAUCCUAGGGGGUUCCAUGACUCUCUCCCUAAACAUCUCAGGAGACACAGAGAUUGAGCACGUCACCUGGAAUGGUCCUAAAGACACUCUUAUUAUAGCAUAUCCCAAAGGAAACAUAAUCUUAGUGGACAAAAGCUACCAGGGUCGACUAAACACCAGCUGGAGUUACUCCCUGUACAUCAGCAACUUGACUCUGAAAGAUGCAGGAACUUACAAAGCCCAGAUAAACCAAAAGAAUUCUGAAGUCACCACUAAGGAGGAAUUCAUCCUGCACAUCUAUGAGCAGCUGCAGGAGCCCCAAGUCACCGUGAAGUCUGCAAGGGUGUCUGAGAACUCCUCUUGUAACAUUACCCUGAGGUGCUCCGUGAAGGGUGCAGGGACAGGUGUUUUGUACAGCUGGACCUCAAGGGACCCCCAUGCUUCUGAGUCCAAUGACAGCUCCAUUCUCACCAUCUUCUGAAUGCCCUGUCACCGAAACCCGCCAUAUACCUGCACAGUGCAAAACCCGGUCAGCAAGAGCAGGUCCCGCCCUGUCCGUGCCCAGCAGUUCUGCACAGGUCCAGGAGCCUCCAGAAGAGGAGCAAUUGGGGAGACAGUGCUGGGGAUCCUGGGAGAACCCGUCACCUUGCCACUGGCACUCCCGGCCCGUCAGGACGUAGACAAUGUUGUCUGGAUGUUCAACACAUCUACUAUCAGCAAAGGGCAGGAAGAAGCAGCAACAGCAGAUCUGCUCAUUAAAUCCAGGGAUCCUUUCAAGAGCAGGGUGUGGGUCUCUGGCCGGGACCACUCCCUGAAGAUAGACCCACUGAAGAUGGAGGAUGCUGGCCCCUACCAUGCCUUCGUGUGCUCAAAGGCCUCCAGAGGCACCAGCAUGACACAUGUCACCCUGCUCAUCUACCGGAGGCUGGCCAAGCCGAAAGUCACCUGGAGCCUUGGGCACACCAAGGAUGGCACCUGCAGGAUCAGUCUGACCUGCUCAGUGGAGGAUGGUGGAAACAACAUGACGUACACGUGGGCCCCCCUGCCAAAGGGAGCUCUUGUGUCCCAAGGGGGAUCACAACUCAACAUCUCCUGGAGAAGUGGUGAAAAUCACCCCAACUUCACGUGCACAGCCAGCAACCCUGUCAGCAGCAGCUCCAUCCAGUUUCUUUCUGAGAACCUCUGUCCAGGGCCCAAGAUUCAUCUGAAGUCGUGGAUCAUGCUUAUCCCGAUGGUUUUCCUUCUGUGCUCUGUGAUCUUCUGCUGGAGCAUUUGGAGGCACAAAAGACAAUGUUCGGUCCCAGCCUCCGGUUCCAGCCCAGUUGAGGCCCCAGCUGUCACACCAGAACCCACGGCUGGCCACACGGUAUACUCCAUGCUCUCCCAUGGGUAUGAGAAGCUGGACUCUCCCCAUACGCCUGCCAGGCAACAGCCUAGGCCCACCUCAGACAGCAGCUCUGACAGCAGCAUCACAACUGAGGAGGAUGAGGAGAGUCCCGAGAGGCACAAGCCUGUCAAUGGAAGAGACAAGCCAAGUGACCUGGUCACUCAGGAGGGGUCUGGACAUGACUCAGUCUCCGAGGGCCAAGCAGAGUAUGACCUCAUUGCUCCAGAUGACACAGUAGCUGAGCCUGUGGUCAAAGGGAGCACAGUGUAUAUGCAAGUGUUCUUCAAUUCACAGGGACAGACCCCGGUUCCUCAGAAGAAAGACAGCUCAGUCACAAUCUACGGCUCUGUGCAGAAAUCUCAGACGGUAGUGCCGCCACCACAACAGAAUAAUCCCGAGUCUCCUGAAAUCCCUUCCUAUGAAAAUUUAACCUAAAAGGAAAAGCAGUUGCUGCCUCUCUCCUGGUUAAGAGUUGAAGAGGCAGCUGGACCAUGUAGGGCCUGGGGCUCUGCAGACAGAAGCACUUGAGAAUUUCCUUCAGUACUUCAAAGAUGUCUGGAUUGGACCCUUCCUCUUUCUUCUCACACUCGUGGCCUCCCAAGUCCAUUACUAGUUCAGACACAGGCUCUGGAGCUUACGGGCUUAGAAGCCUUUGCUCUAUUUAUCUCCUUGUACAGUCAUAGCUUUUCCUUCUCAAACUUCUGCCAAUGCUGGUCAGAUGUUGGGGAGGACCUGUACUGAUCAUCCUUUACACCUUCUUCUAAGCAGCUGCUAAAAUGAAUCAGACAUUCUCACACAUGGGCACAAAGAUCUACAUAAAAUGAGGUUCACUGCAGUAUUAUUUAAAAUAAAAGUUAGGAAAUACCUAAAUGCCCAUUUAGUGAGAGUCCAGUUAAAUACAUGAUACAUACCCAGGCAGUGGCAAACCCUGCCACUUGUAAAGAUAGCAAGGACUAAUAUGUGCUAAUAUGAAACAAGCUCUAAGAUACACUGUGGAGUGGGAAGAACAAAGUCCAAGACAGUGAGUAUUAUAUGCUACCAGCUGGAUUAGAAAAAAAUGUGUAUCUAUAUGCUUAUAUAGGCAUAGAAAAGUUCUGGAGGGAAACAUAAAAAACAUUAGUUGCUGCCUCUGGGAAGGAACUGGGAAACUCAAGUUGCGAAGUAGACAUUUUUUACUGCAUAAUUUUUUGUACUGCUGAACUUUUUGAAACUAUAUGUAUGUAUUACUCUUUUGAUAUUUCUUAAAAGUA